AUGAAUAAUAAACAUAUUAUUUUUGCCUUAAUUAUGGCAGCAUUUGCAGUACAAGCUAAUGCUUAAUGCGCUUCAAAUGCAUCUGGAUCUCCUGGAAGUUGUUUAUGUAAUUAGGGAUAUUAUGGAACAAAUGCUGAAUCAAAUGGUACAUGUAAUUAAUGUCCUACAGGAACAACAACUGCAGCUCCAUCUAGUGCUUCUGGAGGAAACACUAAUUCUGGUACAACUAUCAUUGUUUGCUCUCUUUGUGAUGUUAACUAUUACAUGACUAAAGCUGCAGGUGCUACUCAAGGCUACUAAAACACUCCUGCUGCUGCAUUAUGUAACGCUUGCCCACCAGGAACAGGAAAUUCAGGAGCUUCUUCAGCUGGAGAUGUUUCUUAAUGCACUAUUUGCUUACCAAAUUAUUAUAUGACGGCACUUCCUGUAGCUGCAAACCCUGGUUCUGGUAUUAACGCUGCAGCAGCUACCUGCAUCCUAUGUCCAGAUGGUUCUGGUAAUGCUAGUGGAGUAAAUGCUGUAGGAAAUGCUUCUUAAUGUAACACUUGUGUAGCAAAUUUCUAUAUGUCAGCAGCUGCUACUGGUACAAAAUAAGCUAAUUGUUAGGCUUGUCCUAUUGGAUCAGGAAAUGCUUCUGGAUCAAGUACGGUUUCUGAUUCUUCUGUUUGCAAUAUUUGCCAGAAAAACUAUUUCAUGACUGCAUUAGCUUCAACAGGAGUUUCUGCAAAAUGCUCUCCUUGUCCUAGUAACUCCUACAGCAGCGGUUCUACUUCAGUUAAUUCAAUUGCAUCAUGUAUGUGCUUUGAUAGUAAUGCUGUUGCUCUUUCUUCAACUAUUACUCAAUGCUAAUGCAAAAACGGAUUUUUUGGAAAAGUUGCCACUGUUUUAGGCUAAUCAAGUGGAUGCAAGUAAUGUCCAAAGGGACAAUUUACUACAGCAGGAGCUAAUUGCAAUAUUUGUACCGCAGGUUCUACUAUUACUACUGAUUAAGGAGGUUGCACUUGCAACGAUAGUAGUACAGGAACAUUGCCUUGGAAUCCAGCUACAAACGUUUGCGAAUGCUAAACAGGAUACUAUGGUAAUCCUUCUACUGCUACAACUGUAGGAACUACUGGUUCAUGUACCUCUUGCCCUAAAGGCACUUCUUCUACUAGCGGAUAAGCCUAAGCAGCUAGUGAUUGUGUACAAAUUCCAGGAGCUACAACAUAUUCAAUGAUAAUCUACUUUUCAGGAGUUUUAGGAGUUUUAGCAUUGCUUAUUUGA